AUGGAUGAUAUGUAUUUAGACGUAUCAGGUGGAUAUGUUGAUGAUUGUAGGAUAACUCAAAUUGAUUAUCAUUCUUUUCUCCCUUAUUCAACAUCUGCCCUAUCCAAUAACGAUGAAGUGCGUAUUGCUUUACACAACACAGAGUCAUAUACUCUACCCUGUGAAAGUUAUAUCUACAUUGAGGGUACAGUAACCAAACCUAUUGACAUGACAGAUGACAUUCGAUUUAUAAACAAUGGGUUAGCAUUUCUUUUCUCUGAAAUGAAAUACGAACUGAAUGGGAUUCAAAUUCAGAAACUCAUCAACCCCGGUAUAACUUCAACAUUGAAAGGAUAUUGCUCGUAUAAUAAAUCGGAUAUUGUUUCACACUAUAACGCUGCUUGGGAUGAUGAUAUUAAAAAUGUUAAUAAAGAUUUUAUCGAGAGUGGAGUGUUUAACGGAUGUAUCAAUCUCAAAGAUUUGUUUGGGUUUUGCGAAGACUAUAAACGUAUUUUAAUAAACUGUAAUCAACAACUGAUAUUAAAUAGAGCAUCGCUGGAUAUAAAUGCGAUUAAACAGUAUAAAAAUAAUGAAGUUGUCGCUGACGCACCUAAGCUAAAAGACGUUAAAAUAAAUAUCUCGAAAAUAUUGUGGAGAAUGCCUAUAGUCAAGGUUAGUGAUAAAGAAAAAAUACAACUGUUGAAAGUGGUAAACCAUCAAAAACCUCUAAAAUGUGCGUUCAGAUCGUGGGAGUUGUGUGAAUACCCAUUUCUACCUCAAAACACUUCGCAUUCAUGGAAAGUAAAAACGUCUAACAAAUUGGAAAAACCGCGAUAUGCUAUAAUCGGUUUUCAGACUGAUAGGAAAAACAGUAUGAGUAAACCGAUGUCAUGUUUUGACCACUGUAAAAUAAAAAAUGUGAAGGUUUAUUUAAAUUCCGAAGUAUUCCCCUACGAAGAUUUCCAAAGUGACUUUACCAAGAACAAGAUGGCUACAUUAUACCAUGCAUAUGCCGAGUUCCAGAAAUCCUACUACGCUCGUGAUAAUGUCACACCUCUAUUGACUAGAUCAGAUUUCAAAAAACUUUCACCGAUUAUAGUUGUUGAUAUGAGCAGACAAAAUGAUAACGUAAAAACUUCGACUGUCGAUCUAAGAAUUGAGAUGGAAACCGAAGAAGCGUUUCCCGCAUCUACUUCAGCAUAUUGUUUAAUAUUACAUGAUCAAAUUAUAACUUAUAAUCCAUUUAAUGGUGAAGUAAGAACAUUGUAA